GACUUUGACAUUAUUUUGUGAAAUGUGAAAUUUGUGAAAUAAAACUGCAAUUUGCAAUGGUUAUUGUUUAUUUUAUUAAAAAGAAAAACCGAUAUAAGGCAAAGUACUAUAAUCUAAUAAAAAAAUUGAUGCACAGUUUUACUCACAAACAUAUUUUGCAUGUAUUACCAGCUUUAUUGAAACAAUAACAAUUCAUAAUUAAAGUAGAUAAAAUUUUGAGUAUGUAAUAUUAUUUGAUAUGUAAUAUCAUUGAGUAUUAAAACCAUGAGUGAUAUUGAAAUAAAUGAGGCUCUUGCCUCAUUAGAGUUGGUUAUGUCGGAAUUCAACGCUCCAACAACUAGCAACUUCAGGAAAAGGGAGAUUGAAAUUAUGUUAGAAAACUUUUUCAAUAAUAGGGAUUCAUGGAAACAUUGUUUAUUGUUUUUCCAAAAAUCGCAGAAUCACUAUGUUCUCAUGUUUAUACUAAAUACCCUAGAGAAUAUAAUAAAUAGACAAUGGUUUCAUUUAACAGACAAUGAGAAAGUGCAAAUACGACAAACUUUAAUAUAUGAGUUAAUGACUAAACAUGAGGUCAUGUUAUAUUUUAUACGAAAUAAAUUAGCUGCACUCAUUGUUGCCAUAGCACGUAAUGAUUGGCCACAUCUCUAUCCAGACUUUUUCAAUAAUAUUGUUGAGUUAUUGAAAUGUGAUGGUCGGCGUUGCAUUGUGGGUUUAGUUUUAGCACAGACAGCUAGUGAAGAACUGGGUGCUGCUCGAGACACUGGAGUAUUGUUACCGUCGGCAAGACGUAAUCAAUUGGAACGGUUAAUGCUUAAAGGGAUGCCACAAAUGUUGGCAGCAUUAAGCAGUAUUUUGGAAAAGCAUGCACAGAAAGAAGGACAGUCAAACCCCCCACCAUCACCAACGGGAGGGAUGCCACAAACCUCAGUUCUGCCUGAUUUAUUGGCCAAUGCUCAUGAUGUACAAGCUACUGAUAAAACCUUAAAUAUGGAAAUAGUAGUGAAGACUCUUACUACUCUUCAACAUUUAUUUUCUUGGCUGCCUUUAUCGUCUCAUGUUCCACCUUCGCUUGUUACUACUGUGUUUUAUUGGGGAAGUGUGGCGACACAAUCACAGAGUAUGGAAGCGGCGCUUGCCGGGCUGGGCGGCGUGUGCGAGCUGCUGUACCGGCGGUACGCGCCGCCGUCGUCCGCCGCGACCGCACUGCGGCUGCACCACUGCGCGCUGCGGCUGCUGCGCCACCUCACGCACCACGCGCACCACAUGCACCGUGCGCAACACGAUUACUUAAAUAAACUAGCAGAGUUUUUGAAGUUGUUUGUAUCAUUGCAUUUCAAGCGACUUGAGGCUGAACCAGAAUUUGAUGCUAUUGAAUUCCUUUCUUAUUUAUUCCAAUUUACAUUCCAGGUGCCUACAUGUGCUACAUUUAUUAGUUGUUUAGAUAUUUGGUUACAAUUUAUUGAUGUGUUGAAACCAGAAGAUACGGCUAAGUACUGGGAAGCUUUACAAGCGCUUGUUAAUGGUAUUCUUAACAAAAUUCAGUUUCAACAUAACAAGGCCCAAUUGCAGCAACUGGAUAACGAUGUAUGCGACGAUGACGGUGAAACUGAAUGGCAGACAUUCCUUAAACAUUGCAUAGAAUGUAUUGCAAGAGUUGCUGACUUAGCGCCCCUGGAAGUUUUCACUGCAGUGAUGGAGCGCUGGCAGGGGUUGGCGGGCGUGCACGCUCGCGCAGUGGGGCGCGGGCCUGGCGCUGCGCCCCCCGCGGCCGACGGCGACCGCUUGUUGGCCGCCCUGCUGGAUUUGGCCACACUGACUAGGUUAUUGGGCCGGUUGGCGCCUGCGCUGCUAAGCGAAGCGGAGUGCGGUGGCGGCGGGGGCGGGGGGGAGGUCGCGUCGGCGAGCGGCGCGGCGGCGAGCGCGGCGGGCGCGGCGCUGGUGGAGCGGUGCGCGGGCGCGCUGGCGGGCGCCGCGCUCACCCGCCCGCACCGCACCGCCGCGCCCGCGCACGCCAACGCGCACGUCAUCCUUCAUGCUGAGAUGUUCGCCUGCAUGGGUGCGUGGUGUUGUUAUGCAAAUGACUGUAAUGUGCCGGCACAAACUAUGGAAGGACUUUUCACAUCCGCUGUACCAUUUUUAAUUCCUCAUGAGGUACCAGAACCUCCGUUAUUGUGCCAUGCUGCAGCGCAUUUAUUACUAAGCUUGUCAAAGAAUGUUAAAUAUUCCCGAGACCCGAUCACUUUAUUAGGGGAUCUUUAUCAUCAUGCAGAAAGAUCACUUCACUAUUUGGAACCUAAGACAGCGGCGGUGGUCCGCGAGGCGCUAGUGUCAAUGUCGCUGUCCCGCGGGGCGGGGGCGGGCGCGGGGGCGGGCGCGGGCGGCGAGGCGGCGCGCGCGCUGGUCGCGGCGUGGGCGGGCGCGCUGUCCGCCGCCGGGCCCAAGCUGGCGCUGCCGCCGCUCACGGACCUGCUGCACGCGUUCGCGGCCGCGCCAACUAAUGCCAAGAAGAUCAUAGCAGAAGGCAUUCAAUGGGCUGCCGAGAGCUCCCUGCGUAUGUUGUGCGACCCGGCUUAUUCGAACGCGGAAUCGGAGAUAACAGAUUUCUUCCUGGCUCUCUUCACCGCAUUGUUGCCGCAACUUGGGAGUUUUGCCUACACUGCCAUUGAAGUGUUUCUGGAGGUCGCACAAAAGGAGACGGGCGACAGCGAAGGCAGCCUGGAGCGUCUGGUGGAGUGCGUGCGGCUGGGCGUGGAGGCGGGCGGCGCGGGCGUGCGCGUGAGCGCCGUGCUGGCGCUGCUGCACCAGCGCGUGCUGCCGCGCGCCGCGCCGCACGCGCCCGCGCUCGCCCGCGCCGCGCACCGCCUGCUCUCCAGCGUGCUGGUGCACCGGUGGCGCUACUUCUUCCCGCACAAGGUGGAGGCGGCGGAGGGCGCGCGGCGGCUGGACGAGCUGCGCGGCGCGCUGGCGGCGCUCGGCCGCGCGCUGCUGCUGCCCGACAUCGAGCUGCUGCGCAUCAACAUCACCACACUCGACCUGCUCAACACCAAGUGGAAACUCUUCCACAAGGCGGUGUUCCGCGCGGAGUUCCUGUGCGAGUUCCUGUCGGUGCUGGUGGCGGGCGCGUGCGAGGGCGGCGCGCGCGCGCUGCUGCGCGACGAGGCGCUGGGCUGCGCGCACGCGAUGGCCACGCUCGACUUCACCGCCUUCCGCCUCGCCUUCCUGCCGCGCUUCCUCGCCUCGCUCGACCUCGCGCCGCACCACGCCGCGCACCUCGCCGACUUCCCGCCGGAUACGGAUCUGCCAACUUUUACACAAAACAUUAUCCGUUUGAUGAACGACGUGAACUGUUAUAGAGCUUACAAAUCGCUGCCUAUUCCCGUGAUAGACGCCUAAAAAUUCACCCAAUAUUCAAUAGUGCUGUGAUAUGGUCGUUAUGUUUGGCAUUAUAUAUGAAAAUUAAAUAUUGUUAUUCAUUGGUCUUUUCCAAAAACAAAACAUAUUUAGUAGAAAAUUGGGAGAAGAUAAAGAAAUCGGUUUAAAAGGAUGAAUUUGUUUAAUUUAUCAUAUACUUGUAACUUGUACGAUGUGUUAAAAAUAAUUUACUAGUCAAGUACUUUAUAAUAUAAAUAUCGUCUUUUAUUAAGACUAAUGUUUUUUCCUAAUAAAGUGAUCCUUUUGUCAAAUACAGAUCGCAAAUAACUAUUUACACACUCAUUUGUAAGUACAGCCACCAUCUCUAAACAAGUAGAUAUAAAAACAUAUAUUACCCAUUUAGUUUUAGCUCAUUUGUAUAUCUUUACUUAAUAUUGUCUUUAAUAUCUUUGUAUCCCGAUUUUUUCCUUCUAUUAGUAAGUUGUUGGUU